AUGAAUCAGGAAGAGCAGGUGCUUGAGGGCACACCUGCUAACCUUAGUGAUGAACCAGUAGAUUCAGACACCCUCAAAGAGCACCCACCAACUCAGACAGGCAUGUUGGGCAGGUUGGCGGGGGGCUUGUACGGCGCCACCAAGGGGGCAUUAGGAGCUACCGUGGACGGCGUGACUUGGAUUGGAGGAAAGAGUCUGGAUCUCACCAAGACCGCCGUCUCCUCUGUGGCCGCCGUGCCCGCAGCUGGAGUGGGCCUAGUCAAGGGUGGGGUGUGCGCUGUGGCCGGCGGCGUGACAGCUGUCGGUUCCGCUGUGGUCAGCAAAGUUCCAAUCGGAGUGGGCAAAAAGAAGGACAAGUCCGACUGA